UGAAUAGAAGCUGACUGGUUCAACACAGUAUAUGCUGCUGCUUUUAAGGCAUAAACUUGAACUUGGCAACUCAAGGUAACCUUUCAUUUCUACAAACAUUCCAAGAUGAGCAUCGUUGCACUAUUGAUGCUUGCACUAACCUGCUUGACAGGAUCAAACCAUGCAUUGUUUCAAGACCAAGCUGGUACAUAUGAUUGGAGACAGCAGUAUGUUGGGAAAGUCAUUCAUGCAAUGUUUGAUCAGUCCACUGUGUCUGGUAAAAGAAUUCUUGUUGCCACCCAGCAAAAUGUUGUGGCAUCACUUUUCUCUAAGAAUGGCAAGAUAGCUUGGCGCCAGAUUCAGGAAGGUAAUGUCCAAGACUCAAUCAGCUCUCUGUUGCACUCUGAUAACUCUUUGGUCAGUUUAUCUGGUCAUGCAUUCUUGCGUAACUGGAGUCCAACAUCAGGAUAUUUGCAAUGGGAAGUCCCUGUAAAUGGAUCUGGCAAAUCUAGUCAAGCAAUUUUUAUUGAAGAUACUGAUGAGCAAAUAGCUGUCACCUCUGGAAACACACUCUAUGUCAUUUCCGCUAAGACUGGCUCAGAGAAACUUAAACAAUCUCUCCCAAAUAGUGAAUCAACUGAGUAUGGAUUGAUCUAUAGCAAAUCAGAUAAGAUAUACUUGGUCGGUAUUGCAGAAGAUCAGCAUGUAUCAGUUGUAGCCUAUGACUCCCUAGGCACAAUACAGUACCAGAAUACCCUACCUGCUAUCUGGGUCAAAAUGAAUUCCCAAUGUGAGAUAUUUGGUGAUAACCUUGUUUGCCUUGAUACUAUUUCAAACACUGUAUAUUCAACUCCUCUAGAUGGGAAAGCUUUCAAAUCAGUGGCUUUGUCUGACUUUGGUUUUGAGCCCAAUCAGCCCAAACUAGUUGCCUUAACAGAAGAUAACUCUAUUAACAGUUUUGGAAUAAUAAUUGAUGGUGAAAAUGCUGCUGUAUUAGGAAUUGAUGCUGCAGGUGUGAAAGUUGUGAAAGAUCUUCCUCAGGCUACAGCAAUGCAAGUAAGUAAACACCCAGAAACACAAGCAAAUGUGUUAGUCACAGUAGGUAGAAGAUCCUCAGAUGAUAUAUUCCUUAAAUUAUAUGACUUGGCAACAGGUAGUGAAAUUAUUGAUAUGUCUAAAACUAUUCAUGUUGCUUCCCACCAUGGUAAACCCCAAAAGAUUGUUGUCCAGUUAGUAAAAAGGAAAGAAAGCUUAUUGAAUUUUAGGCUGUUGCUAGUAAGUGAUGAUCACUCCAUGAUCCUUCUGCAAACAUCUGGUCGUUCUGUUUGGGUACGUGAAGAAGCAUUGGCUUCUGUCUUAAGUGUAGAGAUGGUGGAUCUACCUGUAUCUGAAGUACAGGCAAAGUUUGAUGAUGAAUUUGGUUCUUCUCGUGAUGAUAUAGUUGCUAUGUUUAUCAAAAGGUUCAAGACUCAGUUUCUCCAACUCCAAACAUUCAUACUUCAGCUGAUUGAUAACAUCCAAGGUCAUAAGCACAAAGCUAUUUUCACAGAAGGACACGAGGAAGGUGAUGAUGAAUUUGAAUUAACAAGAGACAAUUUCAAUCUAAACAAGAUCAUAGUAGCUGCUACUUCUGUUGGAAAAGUCUUUGGACUUUAUAGUUCUACUGGUAAAAUAGUUUGGAGGCAUAUGCUCCAUGAUGUUACACCCUUCUCAAGGUAUGGGUCUCCCAUGUUAGCCCUUUUGGUACAGAGAACCACAGCACAUUUUCCCCAUCAGCCCCAGUGUGUUGUUAUAGGAAAACAUAAAGUGACUGGCAAUGGUGUCCUAAGUGUGUUCAAUCCUAUCACAGGUGUUCCAGUCAAGAAUACCCCAUCAGAGGGCAUAUCACUCCAUUUCCAAAUAAAACAGUUUACCCUUCUCCCAAUGAAUGAUGAUCAUUUUAUCAAACCAAUUGCGAUACUAGACACAAAUAACAGAGUUUACCUCUAUCCGGAAAACAAGAAAAUUAUGAAAGAGAUUGAUAACACAAUGUACAUGUUCACAGCUAGUGAAGACACCAACACGAUGAUAGGCUACCAGAUUAAACAAAUGGAUGAUGAGCUUAAGGCUCAAGAAGUUUGGGCUGCAAAUCUCGGACAAGAUAACCAGGUUAUCACAAGUGUUACGGCUAAAAAGGUAGGUGAACAUGUUCAUUCCCAAGGACUGAUAUUAGCUGACAGGAGUGUGCUUUAUAAAUAUCUUAACCCAAAUCUUGUAGCUGUUACAACAGAAGGAAUUGAUGGCCAAGCUAAACCAUUCAUCAAUAUGUAUCUGAUUGAUACAGUUAGUGGCCACAUUGUGUUCAGUUGUUAUCAUAGGAGAGUACAUGGUCCUGUGAAGUUAGUUCACUCCGAGAACUGGGUCAUUUAUAGCUUCUACAAUGAGAAAAAUCGCAGGAAUGAGAUUAGUGUUGUUGAGAUGUUUGAAGGUUCAAAACAGAGUAAUUCUACAGAUUUCUCCUCCCUCCACCCACCCUCACCUCCUAUUGUAAUGAGACAGGCUUUUAUAUUCCCAUUCCCCUUAUCUACAAUGGCAGCAACUGUUACUGAAAAGGGUAUAACAGAUAAACACAUUAUGAUUGCUCUGAAAGCAGGGGGUAUUGUAGAAGUACAGAGACAAUUCCUUGAUGCUAGAAGACCUGUAAUUCCAAAACCAGAACACCGUGAAGAAGGAAUUAUUCCAUACAUCCCAGAGAUUCCUCUUAGCUUUGAACAAUUUAUCAACUACAACCAGAGUGUGUUUAACAUUCGUGGUAUACAUACUUCCCCAUCUGGUCUUGAGUCUACCUCAUUGAUGAUUGCAUAUGGUUUGGACAUAUUCUUCACAAGGGCAAUGCCUUCAAAGAUGUUUGAUGUGCUCAAAGAGGAUUUUGAUUAUUUCUUCAUUGGAGCAGUGCUAAGUGCAAUGAUCCUAGCAUCUGUCAUCACCAAGAAGCUGGCUGAGAGAAAAGCCUUAUACAGAGGAUGGAAAUAGAAGAGAUUUCACAACCUUAUUUCCUUUACACCUUGUUACUGAACAAUGUCAGACCAUCUCUGUUUGAUCAUUAAGCUGACAGCAUCGUGAUAAACAGAAAACAUGCGAGCAAAUGAAGCUUGGUGACAUGUGAAGUGAGUUUGUAUUUGAUGCAAUUAAAGCAUGAUUGCUUUGAUGGAGUUCAGGCAGUCUUUAUACAAUGAAAUAUUAGCCAUUGAUAUAU